GUGCCGGAGCUGCCCCGCCCCGCCUCCGGCCCAGAGCCGGAUCCCGCCGCGGGCCGCCCUUCCGCCCGGCGCCGGGGUGAGGGCGCCGCCGUCCCAUGCUGCUCCGCGCUCGGCCCGCUCCGUUCCCUCCGCCGGCUCCGCGCCGCCGCCCGGUUGUAACUUUUUCAAGACUUGUGAUAUGAAGUACGACAACCAGCACUUUGAAGAGGCUCUGUGACAAAUACAGCUGUAUCUCUGAAUGUUGGUGGAUUUACUGGAGACUCUUCUUCCCAAAGCCUGCUCAAAUCAGAACCCAUAAACUUUUGGAAAGACUCAUAAUGGAGUUCUUAGUAUCUAAAGGAGAUUAUAUUAGAUAUUUCAAAAGAUCUUUCCUGCUAGUUUUAGUAUGUGUAAUAGUUCUUGUGUGCACUGAUCAGGACUACUAUAGUUUACUUGGAGUAACCAAAGAAGCAAGUAGUAGAGAAAUACGACAAGCAUUCAAAAAACUGGCAUUAAAGUUGCACCCUGAUAAAAAUCAGAAUGAUCCAAAUGCACAUGAAAAUUUUUUGAAAAUAAAUAGAGCAUAUGAAGUACUUAAAGAUGAAGAUCUACGGAAGAAGUAUGAUAAAUACGGAGAGAAAGGUCUUGAAGAUCAGCAGCAAGGAGGUCGUUAUGAAAGCUGGCACUUUUAUCGCUAUGAUUUUGGUAUUUAUGAUGAUGAUCCUGAAAUUAUAACACUGGAUAGAGGAGAAUUUGAUGCUGCUGUUAACUCAGGAGAACUGUGGUUUGUGAAUUUUUAUUCUCCUCGAUGCUCCCACUGCCAUGAGUUAGCACCUACGUGGAGGGAGUUUGCUAAGGAGAUGGAUGGAGUAAUACGCAUUGGAGCUGUCAACUGUGGAGAUAAUAGAAUGCUUUGUCGAAUUAAAGGGAUUAACAGUUACCCCAGUCUGUAUGUUUUCAAAACUGGAAUGCAACCAGUGAAAUAUUAUGGAGACAGGUCAAAAGAGAGCUUGAAGAACUUUGCCAUGCAGUAUGUUACAAGCACAGUCACUGAGUUAUGGGCAGGAAACUUUGUUAAUGCCAUUGAAACUUCAUUUGCCUCUGGCGUUGGUUGGCUGAUCACCUUCUGUGCUGAACGUGGGGAUUGCUUGAGCUACCAAACACGCCUUAAGUUAGCUGGCAUGUUGGAAGGUCUUGUUAAUGUAGGCUGGAUGGACUGUGGCACCCAGGGUGAGCUUUGUGAUAAUUUAGAUAUCUCAUCCAGUACUACAGCAUACUUUCCACCUGGAGCCACCAUAAAUAACAAAGAGAAAGGAGGUGUUUUGUUUCUUAACUCCUUGGAUGCCAGAGAAAUAUAUCAGGAAGUAAUGCAGCAUCUGCCCGAUUUUGAAAUUAUCUCUGCAGCAUCAUUAGAGGACCGUCUGGCUCAUCACCGAUGGCUGAUUUUCUUCCAGUUUGGGGAGAGUGAUAAAUCAAAUGCACAGGAAUUUAAGAAACUUAAAUUUUUACUUAAAGAUGAACAUAUUCAGGUUGGCAAGUUUGACUGUCUUUCCUCACCAACCAUCUGCAGCAAACUAUAUGUCUACCAGCCUUGUUUAGCAGUCUUCAAAGGAAAAGGAACUGGAGAUUAUGAAAUUCAUCAUGGAAAGAAGAUCUUAUACGACGUUGUUGCAUUUGCCAAAGAAAGUGUCAACUCUCAUGUUAUCACACUGGGACCUCAGAAUUUUCCUGACAAAGAGAAGGAACCAUGGCUUGUGGAUUUCUUUGCACCGUGGUGUCCUCCUUGUCGAGCUUUGUUACCAGAGCUGAGAAAAGCAUCCAAACAUCUUUAUGGCCAGCUUAAAUUUGGAACACUAGACUGUACUGUCCAUGAAGGGCUUUGCAACAUGCAUAACAUUCGAGCUUAUCCAACAACAGUUGUGUUCAAUCAGUCUGAUGUUCAUGAAUAUGAAGGACAUCACUCUGCUGAGCAGAUCUUGGAGUUUAUAGAGGAUCUUAGGAAUCCAUCAGUGGUCUCCCUAACACCAGAGACAUUUGUUGAAUUAGUUCAGAGACGAAAAAGAGAAGAAACCUGGAUGGUUGACUUCUACGCUCCGUGGUGUGGACCUUGUCAGGCUUUAAUGCCAGAAUGGAAAAAAAUGGCCAGGAUGUUAAAUGGAUUAAUCAGUGUAGGCAGCGUGGACUGUCAAAAAUAUUAUUCUUUCUGUCACCAAGAAAGUGUUCAGGGAUAUCCUGAAAUAAGACUCUUUCCUCAAAAAUCUAACACAGCUCAUCAAUACUAUAGCUACAAUGGAUGGCACAGAGAUUCAUAUUCACUGAGAGGCUGGGCAUUGGGGUAUUUACCACAAGUGUCUGUAGACCUGACUCCUCAGAGUUUCACAGAAAAAGUUCUGAAUGGAAAAGAUCACUGGGUCAUUGAUUUUUAUGCUCCUUGGUGUGGGCCUUGCCAAAAUUUUGCUCCUGAGUUUGAGAUCCUUGCAAGGACUGUUAAAGGAAAAGUAAAAGCUGGAAAAGUGGACUGUCAGGCAUAUGCUCAGACCUGUCAAACUGCUGAUAUCAGAGCUUACCCUACUGUUAAGUUUUACCCCUACCAAGGAACAAAGAAAAACAUUCUUGGGGAAUAUAUAGACAGCAGAGACGCAAAAGGUAUUGCUGACCUUCUGAAUGAAAAACUAGAAGUAAUUCAAAAUAAAGGAAAAAGAAAAAAAUCUAGAAAUAAGGAUGAACUCUAAGUGGUACUGGAGGUAGAUAAUCAAAAUAUUCUGAAGCUGUGAAUGUAGAAGACACCAUGAGGAAAAUAUAAGGCUGAGUACAUUUGUGACAGGACAAGAGGGAUGAAAACUAGUUCACGAGCAUAUGUGACUAUGAAUUCUCUUAAACUGGGGGGAGGUGAAAGUGUUUUGGUGGAGGCAUUCAGUGUUUCUGCAACUGAAUUCUGCAUGUCCCUCUUCCAGUACACCAACUACACCCAUUGGAGUUGACCAGAAAUGUGGACUCUAUCACUUUUGCCUACCCAUUUACUAGUUCCUUAUAUUUUUCUGUUUCUUUUCAAACACUUUUUGAAUGUGGCACUCAGCCUGUGGCUGAAUAUGCACUCAAACCACUCUGCAAUGCAGAAACACAGUGAGGGAUUGUCUAUUUGAAAGACAAAACAGUUUUACCUGAUGAUUAUUCUGCUUUGGGGUUGCAUUAGUGUCUAGUCAUUGUUAAAAAAUAAAAUCAAGAACUGGUAGCAGGACAGCUUUAUUAAAUUACAUUAUUCCUGCCCUUGAGUGGAUUACCAUAUAGGGGCACUGGUGGUGGUGCCUGAACAGAACUUUGAACAGCUUCUUUAAAAAAGAAAAAAAAAUUGAACAACUAAAGAAGCAAAAAAAAAAAAAUCAGGUACUUCAGACUCAGUGUUUUAUUGACUUUCAAAAUUUAAGUUAUGCCAUAGAAGCAUCUGCUUAAGUUAUUAGGUCAUAACUUUAUUACUGUCUUUUCAAAUAUGAAUGUAUUCUGUGAACGUAUUUAACCUCUUUUUGGUAUUACCACUUUUCUUUUCUCUGCAGACAUGUUUUUGGGAGUUUUGGUUGGUUGUUUUUUUGUAUAAUCUUUAGGCAAGUAGGAUAGCAAGUGCCUUUCUUAAUUUAAAAAUGAACACUGUACAUUACAAUGUCUCCUCAUUCAUCUUAAUAGAAUUUCCACUCUUUAGGGUAAUAUUGUUCAUAGCUCUCAAUAGACAAAAAAAAAUGACAGAAGACAACAAAAUGUCUGCUGCAUUUAAGAGUUCAAAAUUGAAAUGUUUCACGUUUUCAAUAAAAUGCUGCUGAGAACGUGUCAGACUGCUCUCCCUGUAUUUGGAUUUGGCGUGACUAGUCACUGUAAUGUGAGUAUUAUAAAUCUGUAAAUACAUUGUUAACUACAAGUAAUUUAUUUUAUAAAUAAGGUAGCAAGAAAUAAAAGGAAGAGAUUCUAGUAACCUUGAGACAUUCAAAUGCUUCUUCUCCUAUGUUCAGAGUUGCCUCUAUUGCUUUGUGGUUUUGCAGUGUAUUAAUCUGAGAAAGAAGAGAAUGUAUUGCAUCUUUUUUAAUAAAACAGACCUUCCCACAUCCAAACCAAACUUGAAUCACUAUCAAAAGUGAAGAUUCUAGUAUUUUGUGACAUUAAUACACAGUCUGUUUUGGUCACUUUUUGGAUGGAUGUUUGUUUAACUAUAACUUAACUUCCCACCUCCUACCUUCUUCCUGGAGAAUGAGGUCAUAGUUACGUACUCUAGGAUCCUGCUGUUAAAAAUCUAAUAAAAAAAGUAACCUAGCA